AAAUUUCGACCUGGAAACCGUCUCAUAUUAAUGCCGUAUGGCCGAAGGAUCGGUGAUCGAAUCUGGUGUUUCUGUCCUUUCCAUCGGCGUUUUCUGUUUCUUGAUGUGAUAAACAAACUUCGUUUGACAUCGUCAACCAAUUUCUUCAAAACGGAAAGGGAAUUAUAAUGGCUGAUGACUUUGGCAAUGAUGAAGAGGAGCUUCGUGAGGCUUGUGGUGUGUUUGGGUGCGUUGCAGCAGGAAAGUGGCCAACACAACUAGACAUCGCCCACAUCAUACAUCUAGGUCUCGUGGGAUUGCAACACAGGGGACAGGAGAGUGCUGGUAUUGUCACAAGUAUGGGAAAUGGCCGAACACGACAGAAGAAAGGAAUGGGGUUUGUGGGAGGUGUAUUUUCAGAGGAAGACCUACAGAAGCUCAAGGGAAAUAUUGGAGUUGGCCAUACCCGCUACUCAACGCAGGGUGCGUCGGAGCUGGUGAACAUUCAGCCCUUCGUUGUGGAGACGAUCCACGGCCUCAUCACUGUAGCUCACAACGGGGAACUUGUGAAUGCUGCGGCUCUCAAGAAAGAGGUGUUGCUGCAUGGUGUGGGGCUGUCCACGGCCUCGGACAGCGAACUGAUCACACAGCUGCUGACCAGGACUCCAGAGUGUGGGGAGCCCGAGGGGGUCAACUGGGUCGGCCGAAUCAAGGCGUUGAUGUCAAAGGCGCCGACUUCAUAUUCAUUGGUUGUAAUGCACCAAGACAAACUGUAUGCAGUGCGGGACCCUUAUGGCAACAGACCACUGUGUAUUGGGAAGCUGCUCCCUGCUGCUGUACUAACAGGCAAACUUGAUGUCAACGAUGAAGUGGCGGAGGGAUGGGUUGUGUCGUCAGAGUCGUGUACGUUUCAUUCAGUCGGUGCCAGGUACCACAGAGAAGUGCUACCAGGUGAGAUUGUGGAAAUCAGCAGAGAAGGGGUUAAAUCUCGACACAUCGUCCCCAGACCCAACGGAGGACUGCCAGCAUUCUGUAUAUUUGAAUAUGUUUACUUCGCAAGGCCCGACAGUAUAUUUGAAGAUCAGAUGGUCUACCGGGUGCGACAGCGGUGUGGGGCCCAGCUAGCCAAGGAGUUUCCUGUGGACGUCGACCUUGUCAGUACCGUGCCAGAAUCCGCCACCCCUGCGGCGAUGGAGUAUGCCAAGACGCUUGGAAUCCCUUAUCAAGAAGUUUUGUGUAAGAACCGAUAUGUCGGGAGGACUUUUAUUCAACCCAGUAUGCGCCUACGACAGCUUGGAGUUGCCAAGAAGUUCGGACCUCUGACGGACAACUUCAAGGACAAGAAAAUAGUGCUACUUGAUGACUCCAUUGUUCGAGGAAACACAAUGAGAGCCAUUGUCCGAUUACUGAAGGCUUCCGGGGCCAAAGAGGUACACAUCCGAGUGGCCUCUCCCCCCAUCAAGUACCCCUGCUACAUGGGGAUUAACAUCCCCACCAAGGAGGAACUGGUGGCAAACCAGAUGCCCAUGGAAAAGAUUGCCGACUACUUUGGUGCUGAUAGUUUACAUUAUUUGACAGUGGAAGGGUUACAGAGGGCUGUGGAGGACGGCAUCAAGUCAAAUGGGCAGGAACAGGGCCACUGUACUGCGUGUCUCACCGGAAACUACCCUACCAAGUUGGAUUGGUGACUUUGUAAAGUGUAAUUUCUGAAACGGUUAAAAUGACCUGUAUGGAUGGUGCAAGAUGGACGCCACACAGGGUACACUCAUCCAUUCUGGCACUCACUUAUAUAUAGUUUUAUAUAACUAAUUGUUGCUCGGUAACAAUGGACCUAUCUCUAAUAGUAAAUUGAGUUGCUCAGUUAUACCUUUAAGGGUGUCCACUUACAGGGCAUCAGGGGGCACGGGUGGCCCAGUCGUCUACAGCACCGCGAUUCGCUGUGUAGAGUUGCGUCCCUUGGGCACGCCAGAAACCUAUGAUUGUGGGUUCAAAUCCCGGUUCGCCCCAAUUA